CGCGUAUGCGAGUUUUCGUAUAAAAGCGAGCAAGUUUUCCAGCUCCUUCUCACCAUUCUUUUUUUUCCUCAUCACACUUUACUUUAUUUUUCUACACACAACUAAAAGUACAGCUUUGGCUACAAUCGCGCUUACAACUUGCUACAAACCAAAAUUCAAAUGGACGACAAGCAGAACAUCGCUAAGAACGAGAAGGCUGUCGCCGACUCAUACAACAACCCGAACCCGCUGCCCGAUGGCACGCUCCCCAGGUCAAAUAUUAACAAUAACAGUAACCAACACGAGUACACCAACCUGUACGAUGACGCCCCCGUGAGCCGCGCAGCCCAUAGCGGGAGCACACCAGGAUACACCUCCAACGCCAACAGUGGUAACCCUUACGGACAGCAGCAGCAGAAUUAUCCGCCCACAGCCGGCCCUUCGUCAGGCCCAUCGCCCUAUGGCCCCUACGUGAUCGACGGUGUCACAGGAGUGAAGGUCCCAAAAGAUUCAUACAUCGAGGUGACCGACGUGCCCGCUAAUGUGAAGUGCCCUAAUUGCCACAAGGACAUAGUCACCCAGAUUGAGACCAAGACGGGCGCUCGCACUGUUAAGAUCCAUGUUUGCCCGUAUUGCCACCACAAGCUGGGCAAGGUUAUUUCGUUGACUGCUGUGGGCCCAUUCGAUAAAAAGUAAUUUUUAUUAGUGAUAAGCCCGAGUUUGCGAGAUUUUGGGGGCCAGCCUCAUUUCAUUUUAUAUAAAUAUUUAUUUAUUUUUACACUGUAAUACGAUAACUUAUACUAAUUUUACGG